GAUAAUUCAUGCAAUCAUUUUCUUUUCUCAUUAAUACUACUGUCCACUUCCAAAAGUUAUGAUUCUUGAAUGAGUGAAGUAGAGACCAUAUAGUUUUUUUCUGAGUUGAGUUUGGUUUUUUUCCAUUACUAUAUUUUUGGUGUUUGUUCCAUUUGUUAAGUUUAAAGGUUGGUUCUUUAGUACAUUUAACUUGUCAGAGAUUCUCUGUUCUGUUGUCAAUUCUUCCUUCUUUCAGUCAGUAGUUUUAGCCAUGAAUCCAUGUCUACCUGAAUGGAAUAUUGAGGCUGAACUCCAUGUUCCACAUCAAAAGAAGCCAAUGGGAUUUGAUCAUGAGCUAGUGGAGCUGUUAUGGCGAAACGGAGAAGUAGUAUUACACAGCCAAAAACAUAAAAAACAGCAAGGCUAUGAUCCUAAUGAAUGCAGACAGUUUAACAAACAUGAUCAACAAACAAUAAGAGAUGUUGUCUCCUGUGGAAAUCACACCAAUUUGAUUCAAGAUGAUGAAACUAUCUCGUGGCUUGACUGCCCUAUCGAUGAAUCGUUUGAGAAAGAAUUUUGUUCCCCUUUCUUAUCUGAAAUUUCAACAAAUCCACUUGAGACUGAUAAGUCAAUUAGGCAAUCAGAGGACAAUAAGGCUUUCAAAUUUGAUCCAUUAGAGAUCAAUCAUAUUUUUCCACAUUCACAUCAUUCUAGUUUUGAUCCAAAUCCAAUGCCCCCUCCAAGAUUUCACAACAGUGUAUCAGCACAGAAAAGUGUUAGAAACAAUGUUAAGGAGGGGUCUGUGAUGACAGUUGGUUCAAGUCACUGUGGUAGCAAUCAAGUUGCCAUUGAUGCGGAUACUAGCCGGUUUUCAAGCAAUGCAAAUAUAGGUUUAUCUGCAGCAAUGAUCACUGACUAUACUGGUAAAGUUACUCCGCAAAGUGAUACAAUGGACCGAGACACGUUUGAACCAGCUAACACAUCAUCUUCAGGCGGAUCGGGUAGUAGUUAUGCUAGAACAUGCAAUCUAUCUGCAGCAACCAAUAGUCAAAGCCUUAAAAGGAAAAGUAGAGAUGGUGAAGAACCAGAAUGCCAAAGUAAAGCAGGUGAGCUAGAACCAGCUGGAGGAAACAAGUCAGCCCAAAAAUCUGGAACUGCACGUAGGAGCCGUGCUGCAGAAGUGCAUAACCUCUCUGAAAGGAGACGGAGGGAUAGAAUCAAUGAGAAGAUGAAGGCCUUGCAAGAACUUCUUCCUCACUCUACUAAGACAGAUAAAGCAUCAAUGCUGGAUGAAGCUAUUGAAUACUUGAAGUCACUUCAGAUGCAACUUCAGAUGAUGUGGAUGGGAAGUGGCAUGGCAUCAAUGAUGCUUCCUGGUGUCCAACACUACAUGUCCAGAAUAGGAAUGGGGAUGGGUCCGCCAACGGUGCCUUCCAUUCACAAUGCCAUGCAUUUAGCUACGCUUCCUUUGGUUGAUUCAACAAUUCCUUUGAAUCCAGCUGCUCCUAAUCAAGCUGCAAUGUGCCAGAAUUCAAUGUUGAAUUCGGUUAACUAUCAACGCCAUUUGCAGAAUCCCAACUUUCAAGACCAAUAUGCCAGUUACAUGGGGUUCCAUCCACUUCAAGGUGCUUCUCAGCAAAUGAACAUUUUUGGCUUAGGUUCACAAACAGCACAGCAAAGUCAGCAGUUACCACAUCCUACUAAUACUAAUGCACCCAACAGUUGAAGAGUUAUCGCCGUAGAUGCUAUUAGUGGAAACUUAGGAGAAUGAAAUCGCUUCAUUUGGCCUAUGUUUAUCAUGGUACGAGACUCUAGCUAUCGUUGCGGACAGAUCUUAAGGAUUUUGUAAGCUAAUCUUCCAAAGAUGUAAGCGAUGAAGGCACCAAAUUCAUGAAAUACAUAUAUUUUUUUGUAUGAAUUUGUGCCAAACUCAUCAAGACUUCCUCAUAUAUGUGAGAAAAAAGCAGCUAUAGCAAUACUGGGGAUCUAUAAGUUUUAUUCUAUACGUGCAUAUUUUUCAUGUUGCCAGCUUUUAUGCCGUCAAUUGACAGGAUUAGUAGUUGGCAUCUAUCUUGAAUAUAUCUAACGAAUUGUAAGCUACUGUAUAUAACUGAAUUUACUGAGGAAUAAAAAAACUAUUUGGUUGUCAA